GGAAAAUUCUGACGCAUGUAACGUUGUGAAGUUGUUCGGUAAUCCUGUCUAACGUAAUGUUACAAAAAAUACAAAUUAUUAGUAUUACAAGGCCAGUCGGUAAUCACUCACUAGAUCUAUCAAUAUCAUUACCACUAAUAUAAACCAUGGUAUGACUAGACAGAAAGCUUCAGUUCAUGUUUCGUCGUUACUUGACCCAAGUCUUGCUGAAGAAAUUAGAGUGAUGCCAAUGGCUAAUUUAUAUUUUCAGCACAAGUCUUUAGACUUUACUUUGAAUGACACGGAUAAAGACAUGUGGGACCGAGCCUGAGCCUGAGGUAAAAUUAACCCACGGCCGCGGCCACGCCGGAUCAAAUUAGGCCUAGGUUUAGAUCUAUUAGUAAACUUGCCCUCUUAUAUUACCUUAAAAAUCUGCCUUGGACAGAUUGUGCAUCACAAUUUAGGAAAAUAUGCUGCAUUAAUUCAAAGUUAUCACCGUUUCCUCCGGAUCUGAUCUGACUGUACCGGUGUUUGGCAGACGGCACUCGACCUCGUUACGAUACGCAAUGCCCAUGAAUAAAUGACGCAAUAGCUGCAUGAGCCAUGACAGAAGAACGAUUGGGGAGUUUUUGAUGGAAACAAGUAACGAAAAUCAAGGAUUGUAGACAUUGAAUCAAGUCACGACACAAACAAAUGGCUUCAUCUGUGAUUUUAGCUGGAAUUGGCCUUGCUGCUGCAGGUUAUCUAGGGAGAUUUGCUCUACAGACAGGAAGACUUGUACAGCAGAAUGCCUCAAAGAUGCCCAAGUUUAAUUUCAACACUUAUUACAAAGGAGGAUUUGAACCAAAGAUUUCAAAGAGAGAGGCGAGUUUGAUUCUUGGAGUAAGUUCCUCGGCAUCAAAAUCCAGAGUUAGGGAUGCUCACAGAAAGAUCAUGCUUUUAAACCAUCCAGACAGAGGGGGAUCCCCAUACCUUGCAACCAAGAUCAAUGAAGCAAAGGACUACCUGGAGAGCCAGGGCAAGAAGUUAUGAUGAUACCAGGAAGUUAGGAUUACAAGAGCCAUAUCCUCCUUGAAUAUUAUUGACAUGGACAAUGUGUGGUGAAUUGAUCAAUGCACACAUCUGCAGAGACUUUGAACUUGAGUGAUAGGUGUUCAGUCACCUCCGUGUUCUCCAAGAAUUCCGCAAGAUUUUUUAUUAAUUUAUUGUUGGAGGAUUGCGUGGCUGUGUGAAUAACAUGGUGGAUUCUGAUUAUGUGCCCAACCACAUGGUGAGCAGUAAAUCCUCAAUGGUUAUAUUAUUAAUCCUUUGCCAUGUACUUGUCAAAGGCACUCUGCAGAUCAAUCAAGUGCAAAUUGGAACAAUAACAAUAUGAAAUGUUCUCUGCUGGUUACUAAUCCUUUCCAGUGAAGAGCAUAGAAAUUUGCUGUAGCAUACGAUACUUCAAGAUCACUUACAGGGCAUAGUUCUGGCCGCAGGGGGCAAGAGCUUGUUCAUCAUCUGAUCCUCUCUAUUGUCAGGAAAUCUUUAUUCACUUUAAAAAAAAAACUAUUUCUCUUUCUUUGUCAUGCACACAUAACUACAGGUCUCAAUACUCCUUUCCAAACUAUAAAGAUAAAGUGAGAACUUCAGAAAUCAAAAGAAAUUUAUAUAUCUGUAAAUUUUUGUUGAAGAUCCACAGUGGAAAUGAAUCAGUAUAUUCAAAGUUUGCAUUCAUAAGUGGACAUGAAAUGAAAGCAAAGCCGAAAUCAUGAAAGAUCUUGAGAAUAUGCUGAAUAUUUAUAGCCCUAAAGUCAUGAUGUUACAUUUAUACCGAAAAAUCUCUCUCUAUGAAGUGUGAUUUACAGUUUGUAUUUAACGCCAGGUGAUAUUUGUAGGAUAAGAAAAUAACAAUGGAAAUGAGGUUAUGAAGAAACUUGGUAUUGGGUCGUCCUCUGCUUCAACAUAGGCAAAGGGACGUCAUUGUAAACUUGCUUUAUAAUGGCCUGAAUGGCAAAAAUUAUUCUGAUUGUGGUUUGGUUUAUAUGAAAUGUUCUGAACUGAUAUAUACGUGCAUCAUUUUUCAUGGAGAGUAUUAUGGUAUAUAAUCAAUAAUGUUCUACAGAGGGUCUUGUGAAAAUGUAUUGAAACAAUUUUCAUAUAUAGAAAUCAGUAUUUAAUGAGAGCAACUAAGACCAUACCUGUACAAUUUUUAAUAUGACUUUCAUCAUACAUCCACAUGUGUAUUGUGCAAAAAGAAGGAGAUUUUUUGUGUACCUUUUUUGUGUGUCUAUACCUCAAAGAUCUUCAGUAGAUGAUUAUCAAAUAUGUUUUUUAUAUUUCUGGUUCUUGGCUCAACAGAGCUGCCAAUCCUAUUGAGCAUAAUUUUAUGGGGAAAGUGACACCAAAUAGGAUUUUCCCCUAGAUGUAGGAUUUUUUUAAAAACUUGUAAGAACAAUGAUUUUUGGAGUGUUUUUCAAAAUUUGAAGAAAAAUCGGAUUUUAGGCUUGAAAAAAGGAUAAAACGAAAAAAAAAACCAUGGGGUUGGCAGCUCUGGCUCCAAUGUGUAAUGUAGGUGACCGUGCCUUGAUUUUAAUGUUAUAACAGCAAUGGAAUAAAAAUAUUGAAGCAAAACCACUGAAA